AUGGGCUAUACGGGUUUGGCAAGAUGGAUCAACGCGCCCACAACGAGCAUUGAGCUCAUCCACCAAAAUAUCAUGCGCAACCACCAGGGUCAAUACAAGGGCAAAUGGUCGCUGAGCAUCCGCUCCUACCGCUCCACCCUAAGUUCCAUACCAGGCUACCAGGUGCUCGCCGAACGAUCCAUGUGCACGCUCACCAUGAACGACAACGUCUUCGCCCUCCUCGAAGACCCCGCCGCGCCCGGGCACGUCGACUGGCAGCAACAAGUCGCCAAGCUCGCCAUUGAGCAGCCGGGCGUCACGCUGCCCCCGCCCGCGCACUACCGCCUCACCUUCCCCACGCUCAGCCCCCCGGGCGCGCUCGAGCAGCUGCUCGCGCAGCUGCGCGCGCGCUGGGUGUCCGUGCGGCAGACCGGGGCUGCCGCGUCCUCUGGGGGCGGCCAGAAGAACCAGGGCACGGGCCAGCAGCUCUCGGUCGAGGGGCACGUGUAUGCGAUCGGCACGGACUGGCUCGUCCGCGCGGGGAACGUGCUGCUCGCGGGCGGCGCGGUGAAGGGCAUGUUUCUGGAGGCUGAGUAUCUGCCGCUGCCGACGAUGCCGACGCGGACGAACGAGUACGGGGGGACGGAUCUGCCGUUCUUGCUCUCGAACCUGCUGCUGUCCGUGCUGCCGAAUGUCCCGGACGCGCGCAUCGUGGCUGUGACCAUUGGGGAUUCGCAGUGGGAAGAGAUGCUGUGGGAUGAGCCGGACGAGGACGAGGAGCAGAAACCGGUGAAGAAAGAGGAGGAUGAUAUCUACGCGGAAGACGACGACCAGCCGGCUACGCGGAAGGGCGAUUGGGAAGGGGUGGAGAGGGACAGGCGUUCCGCUUACUUGAUCAUUGGGGCCCUAAAGCAGGAGGGUCUGCUAUGA